UCAGUCUUCAGAAUCUUCUUCCUUCAUCACAGGAUCAACACAUUUCAUCUGGGCUUCUUAAAUCUAAAUCUUUAAAAUGACUAAGUUUUCUUCCUUUUCUCUGUUUUUCCUAAUAGUCGGGGCUUAUAUGACUCAUGUGUGUUUCAAUAUGGAAAUUAUUGGAGGGAAAGAAGUGUCACCUCAUUCCAGGCCAUUUAUGGCCUCCAUCCAGUAUGGCGGACAUCACAUUUGUGGAGGUGUUCUGAUUGAUCCACAGUGGGUGCUGACAGCAGCCCACUGCAAAUAUCGGUUUACCAAAGGCCAGUCUCCCACUGUGGUUUUAGGCGCACACUCUCUCUCAAAGAAUGAGGCCUCCAAACAAACACUGGAGAUCAAAAAAUUUAUACCAUUCUCAAGAGUUACAUCAGAUCCUCAAUCAAAUGAUAUCAUGCUGGUUAAGCUUCAAACAGCCGCAAAACUCAAUAAACAUGUCAAGAUGCUCCACAUAAGAUCCAAAACCUCUCUUAGAUCUGGAACCAAAUGCAAGGUUACUGGCUGGGGAGCCACCGAUCCAGAUUCAUUAAGACCUUCUGACACCCUGCGAGAAGUCACUGUUACUGUCCUAAGUCGAAAACUUUGCAACAGCCAAAGUUACUACAACGGCGACCCUUUUAUCACCAAAGACAUGGUCUGUGCAGGAGAUGCCAAAGGCCAGAAGGAUUCCUGUAAGGGUGACUCAGGGGGCCCCUUGAUCUGUAAAGGUGUGUUCCACGCUAUAGUCUCUGGAGGUCAUGAAUGUGGUGUUGCCACAAAGCCUGGAAUCUACACCCUGUUAACCAAGAAAUACCAGACUUGGAUCAAAAGCAACCUUGUCCCGCCUCAUACAAAUUAAGUUACAAAUAAUUUUAUUGGAUGCACUUGCUUCUUUUUUCCUAAUAUGCUCGCAGGUUAGAGUUGGGUGUAAGUAAAGCAGAGCACAUAUGGGGUCCAUUUUUGCACUUGUAAGUCAUUUUAUUAAGGAGUCAAGUUCUUUUUCACUUGUAUCACUGAUGUAUUUCUACCAUGCUGGUUUUAUUCUAAAUAAAAUUUAGAAGACUCUC